AUGCCCAUUUCGCGGAAACGACGACAGUCCAUUUCCAUGUGGAACAUCACUCUGAGGGAGAAAUUGCUUCGACAAAGCGAUCGAAAGAUUGCUAUAGUUCCGCGGGUGUGUGACGACGAAUGGCACUCAUAUUCGUUGCUGUUCAAUGGAGUGGAUGAUGUGAAUCUUAUGAUUGAUGGUGCCGCCUUCAAAGCAGAUGAACGAAAUCCAGAAAUCCUUGACGAUUGGCCGCUUCAUCAGACUAAAGCCGUGAAAACUCGGCUCGUUGUCGGCGCAUGUUGGCAUGGACGACAACAGGCGAUGGCGCAGUUUUUCAAAGGAUCCCUUUCUGCUGUUUACCUUCUCGUUGGUGAAACUGAAAAUCAAGCUGCCAUCGAAUGUGCACAUCGUUGUCCUGAACAGCUACAGUACACUGGCAUGGAUGAAAUCAUUGAUGGACAGAGUGUUACUUUUGGUGUCGAACAAUCCAGCGUCACUGUGAAAGCAGCAAGUGAGGAAGAAAUCAGCAAAAUGCUCCGCCGGAUCUCCUAUGUAAAUACGCAGGAAAAACCAAUCCCAGGACAUCGGCCUUGGAUUCUGACCACAGUUGUAGAGUGCUCGCAAGGGAAGCAGGUGGGACUUGGUGUCUUAUUAACCUGA